CUCGGAAAAAUCAAAUGAAUCAAAUUUCAAAAUGGCCGCUCGUUAAAUCGUCAAAAAAUAAAGAAGAAAACCCGAUGCACUUGGUAUUUUCGAAAAACGGAAAGUGUGUUUCGUGAUCGUCAGAGGAUUAAUUGUCAUUAAAAAAUGAGUGGCCCGACCACGAUGUACGCUUUAAAGCCAAUAAUCACACUUCCAAGUUCGCUAAAGUCAAAAAACGUGAUGUACGAGAUGAAAAGUAUUCACGAGGCCCAUCAGCUAAACGGCAACCAUUCACCCUUGGAGGAUUCGAUUGUCUCGCAAGUCAAAGACCAGGUUACCUUCUUUUUAAAGGAACCUAAUCCGGAUUUAACACUUCUGGAAAACCGACAGGAAAAAAUUUUAUCACAGCUGGCCGAACUUAAACAACAAAUCGCACAUUUAUUUGUUGUCCUAAAAUCAACGAAUUGUUCAAAAUCGUCUGUCGAAGACGUUAGCAAGAAGCCAGUAAACGUCGACAUAAUUUUGACCGCUAAUCCAAAAAAAGCGCCAUAUUCGAUUUUAGCGCUAACGACACUAUGGAGCGAUAGUAGUUUUCGAAUCCAAACCCACGUUCAUUCUACUAUCACUGGAACUGUUCCGGAAUUUGCAAUUCAAAAGGACGAAAAUAAUACCCAGAAGAAUGUUAUCAACUUGAGAUUAAUUUGGAAAGAUGUUUCAGAUCUGGAACUGAAAUCUGAACUCUCGACAUGUCCAAUAAGCGGAGAAGUAAAUUUUCUAAGAUACUUAAGCCGUCUCAUUCAGAGUCACAAUUACGAAAAUGCCGAUCCUGUGGAGACAAAUUUAAUCGACUCAAUACUCGAUCUCUGCCACAUGUUAUCUCACCAGUCGCCGAGAGAAGCCCAAGCAACGAUAUCCAUUCUUGGGGAUCAUUUAACAAAUGGACCUUGGUUUUUGAAUAAAAAAGAUCCUUCUCUAGUCGAUAUUGCUGCGUGGUCUCUAAUUAAACGAUUGAAUUCCAAAUUACCUUCGAGUCUUGCCAAAUGGUUCCAAAAUUGCGAGAAGACCUUUUUAUAGAAUUUUAUAUUGUGUGGGUCAAUGCUGUUUCCUUUGUACAAAUAAACCAAUGUUUACAAUUUA